UCGUAACACCGUUGGUUCAUUUUUUGGUAUAAAUACGGCAUCCUAGUUUAGGCAGAGCAUAGAAGGCAUCUUGUGCUCUUGUGAUCAAAAACAAAAAAAUUAACCAAAAUGAAAUUCGUUGCUAUUGCAUUGUUCGCUCUCGUUGCUGGCUCAUACGCCAUCGACCCAUUCGCCCUUAAAUCACUCGUGGGCAGUCCCCAUCAUGCCAGCUCAGACGCCACCGCUCAAGUCUUGCGCAACGAUGCCGUCGUUAACCCAGAGUCAUUCAACUACGCUUAUGAAACCUCAAACGGAAUUACCGCCAAGGAACAAGGCCAAUUGAAACAAAUCGGAUCAGAAGCAGGCAUUACUGCUCAAGGUGAUUACGCUUACACCUCUCCAGAAGGCGAGAAGGUCCAAUUGAGCUACAUUGCUGACGAAAACGGUUUCCAACCAACCGGAUCACAUUUGCCAGUCGCCCCAGCUAUCCCUGCCCAAAUCGCUCGUGCUUUGGAAUACCUCCAACAUGCCGCUCCACAAGCUCAAUACACUCCAUUAAAAUAUAAUCCAAAUGCGUUGAAAUCUUUUGGAAAAUAAACAAUAGCAACUAAAUCGUGUGAGAUGAACUAGUCUUGUCGUGCACCAACUGCGAUUGCUAUCCAUUCUCAAAAUACAAUAAACCAGUUGUCGAAAUUAUAUAACAAUUUUUUUAUUCUUCUCCUCUUCCGUCUUAAUUUCAUUUUCUAUUCGCUUACAGAGAGAGUACAACUCAUUACACUUACUGUUUUUAAUUGUUUUUUUUCUGCUGACUCAUCAUUGACAAUAAUCGAAAAAAUUUAUAAAUAG